UGUUGAGCGUUGAGGGUGUAACUUUGAUAUUGCCACGAGUGAAACGUCAACAUAUGGGCGCAUACUUAUGCAUAGCAUCGAACGGUGUGCCGCCAUCGGUCAGCAAACGCAUAACAUUGAUAGUGCAUUUCCCACCAAUGAUAACAGUGCAAAAUCAGCUCAUCGGUGCAGUGGAAAACAAAAAUGUAACUUUGGAAUGCCAAUCUGAAGCAUAUCCUAAGUCAAUUAAUUACUGGACGAGAGAGCGAGGAGACAUAGUGCCACCAG